ACGCAGCGCGCGUCAAAAAUUGAGCACAAUCUCAAAACUCAAGAUUGAAAAGGAAAACCCGCACCUCGAACCAAAUUGAAAACCUUUUCAAUUUGGGUUCAAGAUUUUCAUCUAAACCCCCGCUCGCUCAAAAAAUUUUCAAAUCACCUCUGUCGAUGGCGCUACUUAUCAGACCAUUUCCAGCUUAUAAACUCAAACUCCAUUUGCUCCCUCCCCACAGACAUUUAAGUCCUCCUCUCUCUGCUUCUCCUGUGUAGUUUUCUUGGAGUCUCCAUUUCGAGUACUCUGCAAUGGCUGACCAAGAAAACUGCAUGAGGGUCACGCGCUUGGCGGCGAAGAAGAGAGCCGCAGAGGAGGCUAUGGCUGCCCAGCAGAGUAAGAAGAAGAGAGUGGUGUUAGGUGAGAUUCAGAAUGUUGUGCAGGAUGUGGGUUUGGGCAAAAAUCUGAAGCUUGGUGGUCAGAAUGAGAAGCCGAAAACUAAGCCUAAGAGGAAUGUGAAGAAAGGGAGAGGGGCAGCGAAGGAAACGAAGAGUCUGAAGGUGGAAAGUGAUCCUGGGAUUAAUGUGGAUGAGAAAUGUGACGACCCGCAGAUUUGUGGAGCCUAUGCUUCUGAUAUAUACGAAUAUCUUCACAAUAUGGAGAUGGAGGCUAAGAGAAGACCAUUGUCAGAUUACUUGGAGAAAAUUCAGAAAGAUGUGACUGCAAACAUGAGAGGGGUUUUGGUAGAUUGGUUAGUUGAGGUGGCAGAGGAAUACAAGCUUCUUCCAGACACAUUGUAUUUAACAGUUUCCUAUAUUGACAGAUUCUUAUCCAUCAAUGCUAUUCAUAGGCAAAAACUUCAGCUUCUUGGUGUUUCUUCAAUGCUUAUUGCCUCGAAAUAUGAGGAGAUUAGUCCUCCGCACGUGGAAGAUUUUUGUUAUAUAACUGAUAACACAUACACUAAGGAAGAUGUUGUGAAAAUGGAGGCUUUAGUGCUCAAAUCCCUUGGAUUCCAAAUGGGCAAUCCUACAGUGAAGACAUUUCUAAGAAAAGUCACCAGGAUUGCUCAGGAAGACUAUGAGAGUUCUAGCUUGCAGUUGGAGUUCUUGGGUUACUACCUAGCAGAGUUAAGUCUGCUGGAUUAUGCAUGUGUGAAAUUCUUGCCUUCCUUGGUGGCUGCAUCAGUUGUGUUCCUCUCACGAUUUACACUCCAGCCAAAGCAACACCCUUGGAGUUUGGCUCUACAGCUCCAUUCACGGUAUAAAGCUGCAGAUCUCAAAGAAUGUGUCUGCAUCCUUCAAGACUUGCAGUCAAGUAGAAGAGGUGGCUCUUUGGUUGCAGUGAGGGACAAAUACAAGCAACACAAGUUCAAAUGUGUAUCAACACUGUCCUCGCCUUCACAAAUACCAGAGUCCUUUUUUGAUGGCACCAGAGAUGAGUAAUCAGGGACACGUGAUGAAGGUUCAAAAUCACGGAACUGUACAUAAAGCGAUCAAGUAUAAUACACGCCUCUGUACCAGCUUGGUGGAAUGUUCCUUAGGAUGAACCAUGUAUUGACUACUCCAUGAAACUGAAACUACUAUUUGUAUUUACUAAAAUGAGUAAAAUUACUAACAUAGGCUACCAUAGAUGUUGCUAUGUAGGUUUUCCUCCCAAGCUGCAGUAGCUAGGAAGCAUUUGAAUACUCACACUGUAGUUGUAUGAUUCUUGUUCACAUACUUAAAAGUUUCUCAAAAUUGAUUCUUGGUUUCAACCUUUGUUUCUGU